CCUAUGUGUCCCUAUGGGUCUCUAUGGGUCUCUAUAUGUCCCUAUGUGUCCCUACGUAUCGCUCUGCCCCCCCACCUGUCAAUCACUGUCGCCGCGUUCCCAUUGGCUGUCCCGGUUUCCAUGGCAGCGCUGCUCCCUCCCCCGCUGCACGUUGCGUCCUUCUCUUCACGCCCACCACCCGCGGCACUGCGCCUUCCACCUGCGGGACUGGGAUAUCGCGAGACUACAGCGCCUCCUGCAGGUGGGCGGAGUCUCGUACGACACUGAGCCCCCACCUGGAGUCACCCCCCCACCCGGAGGCGGCUGUUGGUUGGAGGAGCUGAAGGAGCCGCCGGGUGCCCCCCCCCACGACGCCCCAUGUGGGAGACCCACAGAUGUGGGGCAGGCCGGGCUGUGCCGCUCCCACUACUCGGAGUACCUGAUCUCUAUGAUCUGGUCUGUGGGCGUGGACCCGCUCCGUCUCUAUGGUUGUUCGGAGCUGCUGCUGGCGGCGCAGCGCCACCUGCCGGCCGGGAGGCCUCCAAAGGAACAACACGAGAGCGAGGCUCAGUACACACAGCGCCUGCGCCAGCUCCUCCAAUCAGAAGCGCCCGUCAGGCCGCGCCCACGCAAGCGAAGCCCCGCCCACCCGAUUUGCGUAUUCAAUCAGAGGACACGUGAUGGGAGUGGAGCUGUAUGAUUGGGUGGAGCUACGCCCCUGACUGCUUGUGAAUGGGGAUCACGUGAUUGGAGUGGAGCUGUCUGACUGGGUGGAGCUACGCCGCUGACUGCUUGUGAAUGGAGUCACUACGCCGCCUGCUUGUGAAUAGGGAUCACGUGAUGGUAGUGGUGCCGUCUGAUUGGAUGUUGCUAUCCCGCAAUGCCGCCUGCUUGUGAAUGGAGAUCACGUGAUGGGAGCGGUGCAGUCUGAUUGGAUGGAGUUAUGCCUCUACGCUGCCUGCUCUUGAAUGGAGAUCACGUGACGAGAGCGCUGCCGUCUGAUUGGAUGUUGCUACAGCUGCUUCUGAAUGGAGAUCACGUGAUAUAAAUGGAGUUUUCUGAUUAGAUGUUGCUAUCCCGCAAUGCCACCUGCUUGUGAAUGGAGAUCACGUGAUAAGAAUGGAGCCUUCUGAUUGGCUGUUGCUGCACAGCCACGCUGCCCUCAUAUUAAUAAAGAUCACGUGACGUGUUGCCGCCGUCG